UUGGACACUGAGCGAGUAGGGGGGUGCGCACGGUUGUUUGGUGGCAGGUGUAGUUUGUUAGCAGCGAGGCUAAUCUUUAGACACUGCUGAUUUAUCCUGUGCAAUGGCUUUUGGGUUCUGCCUGAGUGUUGUCUCACUCUUGUCCGUCUGGUCCGCGGCAAAAUGUUCUGGAGUCCCGAAAGGAGCCCUCCGCAUGGAGUGUCGUGAUCGGUACUUCAUGAUAGCCGUGAAUCUCUCCUUCGCUGGGGCGGACCCCCUCUUUCAGGCUGUUGGUGGGACAGGUGUGCGCGCCAUCACAAAGCAGUACGCAGCGCAGUGCGGCUACACCGUCCGUGUUCUGCCUCUAGCCGGCCGCGUGGAGCUCCGGGCCUCUUACUUUAGCUGUGACACUGACAACCAGGAUGAUAAAGUCUUCACUUUUAAGUUCAACUUGGUUGCUACCCGUAAGGGAAAGGAGGAAAGCUUUGCUCUGAACCAGACCUGUUCCCCCUCUCUCCCCUGGUCUCCGAGAGAAGUUACUUGUGAAGAAAACUACAUGGAGGUUUCCGUCAGGAGUGAAAUCAAAUGUCUUCCUCAGACGGUAGAUGACUGGAGUGAUGUCGAAACUGUCCGUGGCUCCACCACCUCAGAUUGGCAGGUGAUGUUCCACAGGCACGAGGAGCAGUUGAUGCCCAUGAACCUCUCGGCAGCUCGCAAGCAGGGCUACGCGUUCGACCUGACGUCGGGGAGGCUGGUGUUCCGCGCUCCGUACGGACAGCCGGACUCGUUCAGCACCGAGGUGAACGGUGUUCCGGUAGAGGAGGUCCACGCAACUCUAUUCUCCAGACAAAGCUGGAUCGUCUUGAUGGUCGACCUGGCGGUUGCUUGCUCCGUUGAUGAAGGAUUUUACGAUGAGCUUGGCGGCUUAAUUCUGUGGGAAGCUCCAGAGGUGUGCAGGAGCAGCUGUGAAAGACGACUCAACGUGGGCCUCAACGGCGACCUUGUUGAACAGGCGGUCGCGGAGAAGCGAGGCUUCGUUGUGGAGAAGGAUAACGUCACCGUCCACAUCAGCAUCCCCUAUAAUGCUGAAGGAGGCUACAGGAAGAGCCUCGUGGCCGGCGGCCUCUACCAGUUUUACGUGUUUCAUCUGUACUUGGAGCAAAUCCUGUCCGAGGAUCACGUGGCAACCCGAGUGCGAUUUCAGAGGAGCCUCUCCACGCCGCUGCUGCCGUGCCCCGUUUUCGCCGCCAACCGAACGGCCGUUGCCGAACGCGCCUUCACAGUCUACCUCGGCGACGUCCCAGAGGAUGUGGAGCUGUUGGCGGUUUGUAUGAACGGGCAAGAAUUCGCGGCGCCGUUCCCCAACACCAGCGCCUACUCGCUCACCAAGGUUGUUCACCCCAACAACACUGGUGGAUACACCCUGAAGGUCCCCUUUGAAGACCCCCUCGUCGUGCAGAAGUUCGUUCCGGUGGCAGCACUUAAAUAUCGGCUGGACAUAAACUUCACUCUCUCAGUUCUGCCAGAGAACGAGCUCUUCUACCGCCUGGCGUCCAUCGAGGCCUUGUUCUCGCCUCCAACCUUUGUCACCACCUGCUCUGAGUCCGGCGUCGGCUUCCACCUGGAGCGCCGGCCCUCUGACUACCUCUGGGAGAUCAGCGUCGGCGGCGACCUGCUGACGCCCGAGCUUGCGGACCAGCGCGGCUACAACCUGAGCGACGAUGGCCAGAGUCUGCUCCUCAGGGUGCCGCUCUUCUCCGACGGCUUCGCGUACAGGGACGUUUCUUUGCAGGGCUUCUUCGGCUCCUUCGGGCUCCUGGUGCGGGAUCACAAGACUCAGAUCGAGAGCGCAACAGUCAAGACGUGUCUUUUCUCCACUGCCGAAUUCAUCGUGUGUUCCACCGACGGGACGAUGACCGUGGUGGCGGACGUGUCUCUGGCCCUCCCGGCGGGAGGCGUUCCUGCUGAAACCCACCUGGUCGACCAAUACUGUGAGCCCAGAGAGACUGACGGCACCAGGGCGCUGUUCUCCUAUCCCGUCAACAGCUGCGGCUCCUCGAUCAAGCUUGGCAAGGGAAAUGUGACUUAUCAAAAUGAGAUUUUCUACAGCAGCAAGAUGUACCUCAGUAAGGGUAACGUGUUUUCUGGUGAUGCCACUGAGAGGGUGCUCGUUCAGUGCACGUAUCCUGUGGCUAGUCUGCAUCGCCUCUUCUCGGCGCACAAGUUUGAGUCUGACGUUGCUGGAAUUGGCAGAAUUAUCCACACCAAGGAGCCCCCUGAAGGUCUGCACGGUUUCACCAUGAGGCCCAUUGCACCACUUCAAACCGGACCAGUUUACCCAGUCUCGUACAUGUCAGCCCUGCAACCCCCUGCUCGCUACAAAGUUUCAAAAUUUCACAAUUUUGCAAGUGUUUUUAGAAAAGGAGCACCCCGAUCCAUGAGAACUAAAAGGACUCCUGCUGAAAUUUGAAGGAUGUCUUAAUUUUAAAAGACAAAUUUUGACUUUAAUAAAGCUAUUUUUCUUAAUUUUUUUUGUCGACUUUA